CAGGUGGACAGCAGUUAUUGUUCUAUAGAUCCGCUUCGGAACCCGGAAGCUGAGCUAAACACCGAGUGACCGGUCAGGUGAACCUUCCCACCUACAGCAUACCCGGCGAUGCGCCUGGACCCCCGGCCUUCACUUUAACCCCUUCACAUAACUUUAUUAACAGUUUCCUGUGACACGAGCUGCGGGGCAUCACCCGGAAUAACAAAAAAUCCUACUUUUAUUUUGUACUUUUGGGUUUUUCUUUGUAUUUUCUGGGUGAUUUGCAGCAGGUAGGUGCAGUUAUAACAAUGACGGAGGGGCAUUGAUGCAGAACAGGGCAGCCACCUCUUUACCGGAGCUGGAGAGGAUGAGAAAGGUUCAAGAGACACCCUGUCUGCGGCUGAUACCCACCCAGCAAAAUGCCACCUGUACCUCCUCUGCCUGGUCUGUGGCUCACCAUCACCGGCCUGUGCCUGGCUUACCUGCUGCAGUGUGACGCAGGAGCCUCGCUCCCCGAAUCCUUGCUCUUCGUGUCCACGUUGGACGGGAGUCUUCACGCCGUCAGCAAGCGCAGUGGGGAAAUAUUAUGGACAUUAAAGGAUGACCCUGUUAUUCAAGUUCCUCUUUAUGUAUCCGAACCAGCGUUCCUGCCGGACCCCAGCGAUGGCAGUUUGUACAUCUUAGGAGGUCGGAACAAGGAAGGACUUAUGAAACUUCCGUUCACCAUUCCAGAAUUAGUCCAGUCUUCUCCGUGCCGCAGUUCCGAUGGAAUCCUUUAUACAGGGAAGAAGCAGGACUCGUGGUUUGUCGUGGAUCCCAAGUCAGGAGAAAAGCAGACGACUCUGUCCACGGAGUCCUCGGAAGGGCUGUGCCCGUCCUCCCCGCUUCUGUACAUCGGACGCACGCAGUACAUGAUCACGAUGUACGACACGAAGGCCCGGGAGCUGCGCUGGAACGCCACGUUUCUCGAUUACUCGGCCCCGCUGUGCGACGAAAGCUAUGAGUAUAAGAUGGCUCACUUUGCCUCCACCGGCGACGGCAUGCUGGUCACGGCGGACAGAGUCAGCGGGGAGGUCCUGUGGAUGCAGAAUUACGGCUCCCCGGUGGUCGGACUCUUUCUGUGGCACCAGGAGAGCCUCCGCCGUCUCCCGCACCUUAAUGUCGCCAUGGAAACCCUACGCUACCUGACCUUCAACUCCCAAGACAUCCGGCUCAUCAAAUGGAACUAUCAGGCCGUCCAACAGCUGAGCAGCACAAAAACCCACCUGCUGCCAUCGUUAUACGUGGGGAAGCAGGCCACGGGGUUCUAUGCCUCCACGUCUCUAAUCCACGAGGGAGUUGCUGUUGUGCCACGUGGGAUCACCUUGGCACAGGUGGAAGGACCUACCACCAAGGAUGUCACAGUGAAGGAAUCCAGAGAGUUUGAGGUGACCCCCAGCACAGAUGUCAGGUACCCCCAAGGAAGCGUGGUGUCUGCUCAUCAGUGGCUGCUAAUAGGUCACCAUGAGAUACCCCCCGUGGUUCACACCACCAUGCUCAGAGCAUUCCCCAAAACCCUGCGGAGGGACACGGAAACCAUCAUCCGAGGCCCCGCGCCCAGGACGCUGUUUGAUGAUUUCCUGACGCCGCAGAAUCAAGGUGGUUUCUCCCAAGGCGAAACCGAGGGACGUCUGAAGGCGGAUUCUAUCAAAGUAGAGCCGAGCACCGUGCCAGCUGAGUCCUCGCUCACCAAUCUGCUCACCCUGGGGGUCAUAACGUUGCUUCUCGGAGGCUGGGUGCUGUUUGCACUGACCUACCCCAAGAUGCAAGAGCAAAACCGCCGACAGCAACAAGAGCUGGAGGAGAAACUGCUCAGCCUCCAGAAUAUGCAGAACCAGGUCUCCGAAGUCCCCUCGUCGUCUUCCACCCCCGAGACCUCCAUGUCCAGGGGAAGCCAGGAUCCUGAAAGUGGCGGCAGCAGCCGACGAGUGAAUGAAAUGGAACCAGAGACUAAUCAGGUCAAUGGCACCAGGACACAGAGCCGAGACUCGGGGGGCUCGGAAGAUGAGAUCACAGUCGGCAAAAUCUCCUUUUCCCCAAAAGACGUUCUGGGUCACGGAGCUGGAGGAACGUUCGUGUUCCGGGGCAGGUUUGAUGAUAGGUUGGUUGCGGUGAAGAGGAUCCUACCGGAGAGCUUCACCCUGGCAGACCGCGAGGUACAGUUACUGCGGGAGUCCGAUGAGCACCCCAACGUGGUUCGCUAUUACUGCACCGAGAGCGACAAGCUGUUCUAUUACAUCGCGCUGGAGCUGUGUGCAGCCACGCUGCAGGAGUACGUGGAGAAUCCCAGCUUCCCACGCUCCGGUUUGGAUUCUGUGACCCUCCUGCAUCAGGCCAUGUUAGGACUGGCCCACCUGCACUCCCUAAACAUUGUCCACAGGGACCUGAAACCGUGCAACAUCCUCAUCUCCCAGCCGAACGCCCGCGGCAGGCAGAGGGCUGUCAUCUCAGACUUCGGCCUCUGCAAGAAACUGAGCGUCGGGAGAAACAGCUUCAGCCUGCGGUCCGGUAUCCCCGGCACAGAAGGAUGGAUCGCCCCGGAGGUUCUACGCGACGGACCGAAGCAGAACCCUACGUCCUCGGUGGACAUAUUCUCAGCGGGCUGCGUGUUUUAUUACGUCUUGGCAAAGGGAAAGCACCCGUUCGGCGACAGCCUGAGACGGCAGGGAAACAUUCUUACCGGAUGCUACAGCCUGCCUCACGUGCAGGAGGAAACCCACGAGAACGUGGUGGCCAAGGACCUGAUCGAGAUGAUGAUCAGCAGUGACCCCGCACUUCGGCCGUCCGCUCACUCCGUGCUGGGACAUCCCUUCUUCUGGGCCCGGGAGAAGCAGCUGCAGUUCUUCCAGGACGUGAGUGACCGCAUUGAAAAGGAGCCCGCUGAGAGCCCACUCAUUGUUUCAUUAGAGUCUGGAUCUCGCACUAUUGUUCGGGGGAACUGGCGCUUGCACAUAUCCGUUCCCCUGCAGACAGACCUCCGGAAGUUCCGAUCCUACAGAGGGAAUUCCGUGCGGGAUCUUCUCCGAGCCAUGAGGAACAAGAAGCAUCAUUAUCACGAGCUGCCGGCUGAGGUCCAGGAGACAUUGGGCACUGUUCCCGAGGACUUCGUGUUUUAUUUCACCUCCCGCUUUCCACGUUUGCUCCUCCACACUUACCGAGCUCUGCGGCAGUGCGCCCACGAGCGGCCAUUCCGCUCCUACUAUCAUUGGAUUCCGGGUCAAUGAAGGGACCUUGGACGUUCUUGGAAGCUCUGAGCACUCAAGGCCCUCAAGAAGACCCUCACUGUGCUGGAACUGGCCAGAGAGGACCUUCUUUAAAUGAAAAUAAGGAAGAGAGUGUUUAUCUCCCCCACGUGCACGCUGUGUGUUGCGCUAUUAUUUUUGCACUGUAGUUUUGCUUCUGGGCCGGGACCGCCACGGAUCAGCCGGGACCACCAACGUCCCCUUCCCCCCCGGGGUCUCUUUCUUUGAUUUGGUCUAGAAGCCGCUUUUCCCUUUGACGUUACUAAAGCAACCGUGUAAAUCGUUCUCUUCACUGAAACAGGGGGGCCCGAACCACUCGUGAAUGCCGUUACCAUGGUAACUGGUGAAGCUUAGUCACCAUUUUGCAGAAUUCUCCAUUUUAACAGAACUAUUUUCCUGCAGACAAUUUUACAAUGAAACGCAACGAUAAAACACAAAAAUGAUUCAGUCACAUGAUGCAAAUAAGUAUUUAGGUAUAAAACUGAUUAUAUAAAAAGGAAAUUGUUUUAUUUAUUUUUUAAAGUAACACUGUAAGGCUGUAAUAGUUUUGAUAUUUUUUACCUUUUUUCUCUGAAACUGUUACAAUCUAAGAUGUAAAUAUUAAAACGGAUUUUAAUCAA